UCGGCGCAUCCACAUGCUUUACAGAUCGCGGCUACUCCCGUCGUUACGUGAGCGUCCGCGGCGCCGUAGCCGGCAGUAGUUCACACUUUCGUAAUUACGUAACACUUCAGCUCCUGUGAUUUUCACAAGAACUAAAACAAAAAAAAAACAUGAAUUCAACAAUGGCAAAAGAGUCCGAGAAGACCUGCGUUUUGUGCUGCCAAGACAUCGACAUCUUCGCCCUGGGGAAAUGCGACCACCCGGUGUGCUACCGCUGCUCCACCAAGAUGAGGGUGCUGUGCGACCAGAAGUACUGCGCCGUCUGCCGGGAGGAGCUCGACAAGGUGGUGUUUGUGAAAAAACUGGAGACCUUUCAGUCUCUGCCCCUUCAUCAGUUCCCCUGCGAGAAGAAGUAUGACAUCUAUUUCCGAAAUGAGAUGCUCUUUGCACAGUACAGACAUCUGCUGUUGUCAGAGUGUAUCCGUUGUCCAGAGCCCAAGGUUUUCUCCAGGUUCGAGGAGCUGGAGCAACACAUGAGGAAGCAGCAUGAGCUCUUUUGUUGCAAACUCUGUUCAAAACAUCUGAAGAUCUUCUCCCACGAGCGAAAGUGGUACAAUCGUAAGGAACUGGCACGCCACAGGGCACACGGAGACCCAGAUGACACCAGUCACAGAGGACACCCGCUCUGCAAGUUCUGCGAUGACCGUUACCUUGACAACGAUGAGCUGCUUAAGCAUUUGCGCAGGGACCAUUACUUCUGCCAUUUCUGUGAUGCAGACGGUUCUCAGGAAUACUACAGUGAUUAUCAAUAUCUGAGCGAGCACUUUAGAGAGAGUCACUAUCUGUGCGAGGAGGGCCGCUGUGCCACAGAACAGUUCACCCAUGCAUUCCGUACCGAGAUCGACUACAAGGCCCACAAGGCCGCUGCACACAGUAAGAACCGAGCAGAAGCUCGACAAAACCGCCACAUCGACCUGCAGUUUACCUACGCCCCGAGGCAGCAGAGGAGGAAUGACGCCAUGGUCACAGGCGAGGACUACGAGGAAGGACGCCAGAAUCGAGGAGGGAGAGGAAGGACGCAGGGAGGACAGAAGAGCUGGAGGUACUCCCGAGAACGAGAGGAAGAGGACCGGCAGGUGGAAGCUGCUUUAAGGGCUUCCAUGACGAUGAGUAGACAGGCAGAGAGAGGUACAUUGCAGGAGAGAAGCACUCCUAAGCACAGCAGAGAAGAGAGGACGGAUAGAACAGAACCGGAUGAACCAAAACACAAGACAGGACCUGUGAAAACAGCUAAACCUCCAGUUAGAACAAUGAAGAGCACUAAUCCAGGGGAUGAAGAUGACUUCCCAGCUUUGGGAGCCAUAGCUGCAGCACCAAUUGUAAAGCCGGCUCCUGUAGUGGCGGCAGCAGCUCCUGCAGCUCUGAAGGAAGACGACUUCCCUAGUCUUUCAACUACUGCAGUUACAACCCCGAUGACCCCGGCUUACUCUUCCCAGUCUAAGAGGACCUCCUCUUUUCACGACGAGGAUUUUCCUGCUCUCGUCUCCAAAGUCCGGCCGUUCAAACCCGCAGCAGGCACCAACUCUGCCUGGUCCAACCAUAGUGCUGUCGCUAAACCUGUCAAUCAUCCUACUCCUUCCUCCAGACCUGCCCCUCCUCUUUCAUCUGCGUCGUCUGGCCCUCAGCUUCUCUCCUCAUCAGCCUCAUCAUCUUCACGCAGGAAAAAGAAGGUCGGGGAGAGUGCCAAAGCAGCAUCUCGUCUCUCUCCUCUCGCUUCUGACGAUGAGGAUGGAGGAAAAACGCAGCAGGAGUUCCGCUCAGUGCCGACCAUGUUGGAUAUCUCCUCCCUGCUCACUGUUAAAGGAGGCAACAACAAGCCCCCGACAGUGACCUCCCACUCUUCCAAUCCGACUCCCAACACAGACCCCCCCCCCUCUAAAGCCAGUAAGAAGAAAAAGCAGAAGAACACGCCUGCUUCCUCCACAUCUGUGUCCACAGUGUCGGGGAUGGCGACGGCGGCUGUAAACACAAUCUCAGUGGAAACGGCGGCACAAAAGGAAAACGUCCCUGAGAAAACUUGGAACAAACCACUUUCCAGUGCUGUGACGACAGCGGCGGUGGCGGCGGGUGGGUUAGCCAACGGCUACGCUGACACAUUUGCACCAGUUGGCAAAGAUUCACCCGCGGCGAGCCCACAACCCAGUACGGACCCCGCUCCCGAGCAAGAGGAAGACUUCCCUGCACUCAUGACCAAGAAACCACCCCCAGGUUUCAAGACCUCUUUCCCGAUGAAGGCGACGGCUGCUCCGACCGCUGCUCCUCCUCCUCCUCCUCCUCCUGGCCUGACCAUCCCCGCCCCCAAACCGCCCCCGGGGUUCACUGGAAUCCCCCUCAACAGCAACGUGGUGGAGCCUGCACCCAACGCAGUCAACCUCCCGCCCAAAGUGACGAGCAGUGGUUACCUGGUGCCAGAGGACUUCCAGCAGAGGAACCUGGUGCUCAUCCAGUCCAUCAGAAAUUAUCUCAACAAUGACGAGUCAAAGUUCAACCAGUUCAAAAACUACUCUGCACAGUUCAGACAGAGUGUGAUAUCUGCAGCCCAGUACCACCGCAGCUGUAAGGACCUGCUCGGAGAGGACUUUAACCGCAUCUUCAACGAACUCCUGGUACUCCUACCGGACACUGGCAAGCAGCAGGAGCUCCUGGCUGCCCACGGAGACUGCAAGGCUCUGGAGAAGCAGUCGGGUGCCGGAGGAGGAAAGAAAAAUAAGAACAAGAAGAACGCCUGGCAGACGCCCGCUACCGCUGCAAACACAGCGGCCGACUUGGACUGCCAGGUGUGCCCCACGUGCAGACAGGUACUGGCCCCCAAAGACUUCAACUCCCACAAAACUCUGCACAUCAGGGACAGCGAGGAAUUCCCUUCCUUGCAGUCGAUUAGCCGUAUCAUCAGCUAACCCCCCACCCACACUUCUUCUGCUCUGUUUGCCUUUGUGGGGCAGAAUGGCUUCGCCCCUGCAGCAGCCAGUGUGGGAAAACAGCAGCCUGUUUCCUGUUUGACCAUGUCCCAGAGGAGCCUCAGGCCUGUCUCUCAGAAUGAAGGAAAAUGGUUGGGAUUAUAUUGAUUUGGUUCUAUAAAUGGUUGGUACAGUUCAGGAAGAAGGAUGCUUUAUCUUAAUUCUUGUUUAAACUCGCAUCCUGAGGAUGCCCCUCGUCGUUGCUUGCACCGGCAACCUCUAAUCAGAACUCUCACUUCAGUGAAAGUGGAGAAGAUUGCAUCGCUCCCUGUCAUUUAAGUCAAAAUUAUAUAUGUACUUUGCUUUCGGUUUCAAAUUGACAGAGGACACACUGUCUCGUUAAGAUCAGAGUUAAAGUAUGUGUGACUUAACUGGUGCUGCUUGGGUAAAUAACGCAAGAGUUCAUUUCAAAUACUCUGCACAAUAUUUAUUUAAGUGUAGAAUUUUUUUUUCAUUCAUGAGGAAGGCCUGUUAAUGUGAGUGAAUGGAUUAUUAGUUUAUGUCACAGUAAGCUGCUUUACAAUUUAGAACAACUUUCAGUUUUUAAUAAUGUUUUAAUAGACAUAAUCUUUUUGUCUAAAUCACUCACUGAAUUUGGCGUAUUUGUUGGACUGGUUCAUCAGGGCUGCUGUGUUGCACAGCGUUUCAAAUGGAAACUUAAAAAUAAACAAUGAAAGAAUGUC